AUGUCAUCCUUGCCCAUGGCCUCCCAAUCAGCCGAGACACCUGCUGCGACAGAACCAUCAUUGCACGUGUGCAGCAUAUGUGAUAGGAGCUUCAUGCGAAGGGAUCAUCUGAAGCGUCACAAGCAGACUCACAUCACCGAAAAGCCCAUCGAAUGCAACUACUGUGGGAGAAAGUUCGCGCGCAGCGCGACGCCACGAGCAGCUUCACGUCGGCCCAAAGCAGCCGGGCUUGAGAGGCUCCACGGCCUCAUCUCGCCUCCUCAAAACAUGCUCAUUCUGCGCCAUCUCACAUAUCAGGUGCUCCGGCGAUUUUCCAUGCAGUCGCUGCGAGGAAAAGAGUCUCCAGUGUCAAUACAACCCCCCUCAACGUCAAGGCAAUCCCCUGAUCAAGGUACUUGGAAUGAAAAGCAGAGCACAGGCUCGAACCUGGACAGAGACGCGAGUUCUUACAUCCAGGACAUUGGAGGAAGUCACGAGACCGAGAAUGAUGCUGGAAUAGAGAUGGAUAUAAGCCUCCAGGACUGCGACAUGGCGCCAUGGGAGGAGCCGGCUGUCAACAUAGGCCACGCUCAUGUUCAUCAGCCAGUCGUGCCCCAAGAUGUCGCUACGACCAAUGAUUCCAUUGCACGAUCUCGGAUUACGGUUACCUCACAAACAGACAUUCGAUCCAUUGCGGGAAAUAGUACCUCCAGCCCGAGAGGUUCGAACUUGGUCUCAGAUCUGGAUGAAUCCUCCCUGAAUCAUCAAGAUCAGAUGUCAGCGUUCAUCACAUACAUGCGCGAUGGAUCAACAGCCACAGAUACUUCGUCUCUUGAUAGAAGCUAUGAUACGACCAGCCACAGACAGCUCUACGUAAAUGGCCGUGGUUUUCGCCAGUCGCAGGCCGACCGUGGCUUUCAAGAAAGACAUGCUACUGUUCUGCGACGGGGAGUACCCGACCACGACUCUCAUCCUGGUGCUUCUUGGUUGGCGGUGCUUCUGGAGGAAAUCAAACAAACAAAAAGUCAGCAACAAAAGUCUCGCUUCACUAUUCCAGAGUCCGUAUACCAGGAAAUACAAACGAAGCUGCUAUCAGGUGCCGGAAGGCCUUUGCUGCCCGAAAGGUUUAAUGCAGAUUUGGAUGUUCUUCUUGGCCGAGAUACGUUUGAACACCUUAUUGAGCAGUACUUUGAACAUUUCCAUCACUUGCACCCAUUCGUCGACAGGUCCCUUCUCAGCAUUCCUGUCUGGGGUUGGAGUCUGUGCAUUGGGGUUGCAGCUAUUGGAUCCCGUUAUCUGAGUCUCCCCAAUUUGACCGACUUUGGCGAGCAACUCUGUAGCGCUUUACACGACCUGCUGCUACGUGAGUUAGAUUUUGGUCGUGUACAAGACUGUCUUCCUUACAUACAGGCUCGAACACUCGCUGCCGUGGGUAUGUGCCAAAGCCGUACCAACCCGCUGGUCAAAUGUGGCUAUAGCGCCAUCUCUCUCGUAUACAAUUCCUGUCUUCAACUACAGCUCCUUGAAGAGGAUGACAAAAUUGGGCUCUAUGUCGAAGGCCAGAGCGUGGAGCAAGUGUGGCUGGCAUGGCGCUUUCGUGAAACAAGACGACGAACUGGACUUUUCAUAUGGCUUCUCGAUGCUUGGCUUGCAUUAGCUGCGAACCGUCCUCCAAGUAUACCGUCUAGCAAACUGGCGCUCAAAAUGCCCAGCGCCGAAGGUUUGUGGGAAGCAGACUCCGCUCAAAGCUGGUCUAAAGCAUUCGCUUCUCCUACCAUCACGAAGAGUGGAGUGGACGUAAUUCUGUCGGAGGAGUCUCUCCGACUAAGUGUGCGAAGUUCAUUCGGCAAGCUCUGGAGCAGUCAGAGCUCUCCUCAACCUGAGAAUCAACUAGGAGUCAUCAUUAUGAUACAUAUGCUGCUUCGCCGGAAAUGGGAUAUCGUACAGUAUUUCAGUGAAGCAGUACACCUCAAGAUUACCUACAGUCAUAAACUAGGCGGAAGAGAGGCGCAGCAGCAACAAUACCUAGGCUCUAUACCUGAGUACGCUGAGUGGAGGGACUAUACCUGCGACUGCCUGGACCUUCUUCAUUGGGACGCUAUUGGCUUCAUAUCACAGCAGUCCAUGUUUGAGAGUCCAUCAAUCCUACAUCUGCACCUUUCCCGCUUACUCAUACUGGCACCUGUCGAGGCCCUCCUGCGGUGCGCUCAGACAACCGCAGCUAGUACGUCCAUUGACAGCCUGCCUCAUUCGAUAUACGCAUCAUCCGAAGAUCGGACUACAUGGCAUACUACAAUUCUCUCCUGGGUUCGAGAGGACAUGUAUAAAGCCCGCCUAGCUGUUAUCCACGCUGGUGCUGUCCUUUGGCACGUUAGGCGAUUCUCCUCCCACCCCAUCGUGGAACCAUUCGCAGUCUUUCUGGCAGCGUUGACCCUCUGGGCUUUCGGAAACUUUGGUCCUCGACGUGAACAUACUUGCUCCAGCUUGACCUGCAGCCAACACACAGAGCGAUUUCCCUCGGGCGAGACUCCUUCGACUAUCGGCCUAUCUCCUUGCGUAGAUUCAUCCGACACAUCGUCACCGGCGACUGGCAACUCCAGCAUAAAUAUGAAUCAUUCACAAAACCGUCGUCCUGCAUCGACACGCUGCGAGGUAUCCUUGACAAAGCGUCGCAUGCCACGCAUGUUACAGCUCGAUCGCCCGCUAGACGAUGAGUUUGUGCAAUAUUUCAUCCGAUAUGGCGGUAAUACUCAGCUCUUUCUUGAAGGUGUCGAUGAUCUGUGCUCUGAGGAGGGUCCCGCCGAGAUUCUGCAAGAGGCAUCAAGGAUCUUGAUUGAGCAGCCCAUGUUUUGGACCAUAUCGGCGGGUUAUGCGGCUCAGCUGGACGUAAUCUCAGCCAACACUACAUGUAAUACUACUACCGAAGAUGUAAGGGAACUUCUUUCAUGA